AACAGGCGAAAUGCACCUUGCAUUGCCCUCCCAGAAGCCCAAAGCGUCGCCUUCACGCUGUCGCGGGUUUCGCUUGUUCGGCUGGCUACAUAGCGACCUUCAUCGCUUUUUAGCCCUCCAUCCAGUUACGAUGCCGCUCGAUAAAGAUGCCGAAUCCCAGACUCAGUACAAAAAGAUCACCCCAUACGAUGCAUACGACAUGGAUGAGUUGAGCGAUACCGAUAGCAGCGAUGAUACCCUGGCCGUCGCAUCCAAGGUCAGGCCGGCUUUAUGGCGUCAAUCACCUCUUUCACGGCUUUGGAUCUGCAUCUACAUUGUUGUCUUUGGCUUGUACGCGUCUAGCUGGGUAGCCUGUAUGAGCAUUGUCUGGCGCGCCUGGAACCGCCCUCUUCUCGCUUGAAGGAGAAUGUCUGCUGGGCUCGAGCAAGGCAAACAUUUUACACAACAUCUCGUCGCCCCAGCCGCUCUAGCCCUACACCUUGUCAACAAGGUGCAGCAGAUUACGUGUGGCAUUGGUU